CAAAUUGUUGUUUGCUCUGCUGUAGUCAACCGUAGCACAGCGAAGUGAGUGCUUGGUUUAAUGCGGACUGUAUAAAAUCGUGUAUAAAUAAAUAUAUUCCGUUCUACGAGUGAAUUUAUAUUUUAUUUAUUAAAAAUGGAGUUAAACUUUGUAACGACUUUACUAAAACACGAUGUAAAUCACAAUGUGAAACAGUGCUUUAAAUCUAAGAAACCCUUCGUUAGCAGAAAAGAAGAAGUAAUGGCUAUCAAAAGUAAAUUUCCAACAAAAAUUCCUCUUAUAGUAGAAAGGUAUCAUAAGGAAAGAAAUUUGCCAACAUUGGACAAAACAAAAUUCUUAGUUCCCGAAGACAUCACUAUGUCGCAAUUCCUUGUAAUAAUUCGGAAUAGAAUAAGAAUAAAAGCAAACCAAGCACUAUAUCUAAUAAUCAAUAACAGAUCUAUGCUAAGCAUGAGUCUGACAAUGGCACAGGCAUACGAAAACUAUGGAGAUGAAGACGGGUUUCUCUACAUAACCUAUGCCUCACAAGAAGUUUUCGGAUACAAAGAUGAUAUGCAGGGCUCAAAUAAGGAAGUUCAAGCUAUACGAGAUAGGUUUCCAAACAAAGUGCCAUUGUACGUGGAAAGAUAUGAACGCGAGAGAGAAGUUCCAGCAUUAGGAAGGCGUAAAUUCCUCGUACCUCAAGAGCUAACCAUGUCCCAGUUUUUGUAUAUAAUUAGAUCGAAAAUAAAAUUGAAGGAAUCUCAGGCUUUGUAUUUGCUAGUAAACGACAAAGUGUUGGUCAGUCACAGCAUGACGAUGGCGCAGGCGUACGAGCAGUUUCGCGGACACGACGGAUACUUACAUAUCACUUACGCAGCCCAGCAAGUCUUCGGAUGAACAUUGUACACAUUGGAUUGGCGUGAUAUCUGAUGUUCCUGAAAAUUGUCUUCUUAUUUAAAGACUGAUAGUAUUUUAUUUUUCAAUUUUGUGAUAGUUACGGUGAGAAUCAAGUUUUCAGGCACCAAAGGCGCAUUAACUGUUUUAAUAAGGGCUGGUCCUUUCAAAUAUGUAUAAAAUUCCUACUAAAACAUAUAUGGCCCGAUUAUUUGAGAUAAUUAUGUCAUUUUAUAUAUGUAUUUGAUUCACGUAGUUACCUACUAUAGGUCGGUGUCGGUGUUCAUGGUGGUUGCACCCUAGCAUAUUUUAUCAACCUCUAAAACAAACUUGCAAACUUUGUCAUGCUUCAACGACGAUACUCGUAGACGGAGAUGUAGAUAUAGCAUAUUAUAAAUUUAAAUUAAUACCCCUACGAAUGGCUUGAAGGAAGUGAUUGACAUUAAUUAAGCCUAUCUGUCGAUUAAAAUUUUUCAUAUGAAGAAACCAAAGAAUUAACAUUUUUUGUUUAUUUUAUUGCCAUAAGUCGUAACCUCUCGUGGAAAGUUUUUAAGUUUAAUUCUAGUUAACGUUAUUUCGGUUAAAUCUUUUCUAUUAAAUGGAGUUACAGCUUGAAUCGAGUAAGAAAUGAUGUAGUUGUAAUGAUUUAGUUUGCUAUUAUUAUCCAUCGAUCCAUUUAUAAAUAUUGAUUUUUAAGAAUGACAAAAGAAAAUUUAUCCAUUUUUAACAACGCGAUUUUGCCGUAACUUCUAGGAGUAUUGUGCCUUAUAGUAACAAAAACUUAAUUUGUAUUGGUCUAAAAAAUAUAUUUUUUAAACCGGCAAUGUUUUAGGAAUAGUAACUAUCAAAUGAUGUUUCUAUUAAAAAUUUAUAUUUAAUUCUCAAAAGUUGAUACAUAUAAUGAAAUUAAAAUGUGCAAUAUUAAUUUGGUUAUGUGAAUACAGUUAUACAUGAUCUCAUAGAAUCGAAAGAGUGGUGUUUUUUUUUUAAAUAUAUAUUUUGUGUUUGCAUUAUACUGUAAUACAACAAUUAUACUUAUGAAGAUAUA